GCAUCCUUUUAGUUAGAAGAGUCUCAUCAACCAUAAAGUAUACAUGGCAACAGCCACAACAGGCAAAGAGACCUCACUCGAGGAUCUCAUCCGGCUAUUACCGGACCCUCAAGCACCUCUUCCUCCCCUUUCACAAAAUAUAUACACGGUCGUCACCUGGCUUGUGUACUUGGUAUAUCUGUCCAUUGUUCCCAUAUACCUCCCUUAUCUCAUCUUACUACACAUCCUUCUGCCUCGUCCAUUUCCAUCAUGGACUUUAUCUCAACGCAUCAAUACUCGUUUGAGCAAAUUGCAAUCGACAUUGUUGGCAUGGUGGCUGCCCCCGAUCUUGUUUGAUGAGUGGAAAGUAGAAGUUUGGAAGAUGUACACAGAUGAAACCGAGACGGGGAAAUUAGAAGUAGAAAUUGUCAGUCUGCCGCCCAUCGACGAGAAGAUGGUUGUGAGUAGUCUUCUAGAUGUAAGACCGGCAGUUCGACCCGGAUUUAUGAUAAUCCCGAAAGACACCGUAUAUCAGCCCGUAACAAAAGCGCGAGUUAUAUUGCAUAUACAUGGAGGAGGAUACAUUAGGGGACAUCCACUAUGGACGAGCUUCCCUGUGGAUAUCGCCAGAGCCACAGGGAUGCCUUGCCUCAGUGUAUGCUACCGCAAAACAUUGGAAUCCUCGAGUGCCUUUCCUGCUCCUCUUUACGAUGCCUUAUCAGCCUACCUCUACCUCACUCAAACAUACCCAGGUUCAUCAGUCCUCCUCCUCGCAGAGUCUGCGGGUGGUCAUCUCGCUCUUCUCCUCUCACGUUAUAUCCGCCAUUUCUCUCUCCCUCAACCGGGGUAUAUCGCACUUUUGUCUCCUUGGGCGGAUUUAUCGAUGUCAUACCCGUCUUACAAGUCGAAUAAGGAUUAUGAUACGCUCUGCCCAAGGCGAUUGAGAACGGCAGUCAAUUCGGCUAUGAGAUACUUUAUCCCUGCUGCUUUGAAGACCGAGUGGUUUUCUCCUGCCAACGCUGAGAGCAAAAGCUGGUCAUAUUUGAAGGAAGAAAGAGUGAAGGUAUAUAUUCAGUAUGGCGGAAGAGAGCUGUUCCGAGAUGAAAUCGUGUCAUUGGCGGAGAGAAUGAAAGGGGCGGGAGUGGAGACGACCUUAAGAGAGGAUGUCGAUGGACUACACACGGCUGGGCUAAGCGAACCAAGGGCCAAAAAUACGUUUCAAGAAGAUCUUUUGGGGAUGCUUAAGGCCUGA